AAAACGUAUUUACGUAUAUUGCGUAAAAGGAAUUGUAUAAACUCUUGGGGAUUGUGGAAAUCAAAAGAGAUAAAAGAAGAAGAGAAAUAUUCAAACGUCAAAAAAGUGAAGAUUUGUAAAUUUUAGAAAAAAAAUUUGAGAAAACUUUUGCGAUUUUUGUAUAAUUUCCAUAUCAAUUCACUAAUACAAUAAAAUAUUAUUUAUUGUUAUUGUUUGAAAUUGUGAAAUAUUUGAACUAUUAACAAGGUUAUACAAAUUUUUAUUUUCGUCUCGAUUUUGGAUUGUUGUCAAACUGUGACAUCAGCAAAAAAAGUUCGUUGAUGGUGACAGUGAUAAAAUGUCUUUAAAACCAAGAAGAGUCGAUUUUAACGCAACUUGGGGUGCUAUUAAAGACACUAUUAAAGGUGUUAUCACUUUGGAUCAUGUCGCAAGAGCUGUUUGGAACGAUAGAUUUUCCGAUGUUUAUUCAAUUUGUGUUGCACAUCCGGAACCCAUGGCAGAUAGAUUAUAUGCCGAAACAAAGCAGUAUCUAAUUGAUCAUGUUGCGAAAUUAUUAGAUAAAGUACAAGAAGAUGGUGAACAAUACUUGGUUAAAAACUAUUUCCUCUAUUGGUCCCAAUAUUCCGUUGGUAGUCAAUAUCUUCAUAGUUUGUAUCUCUAUUUAAAUCAACAACAUAUCAAAACUCAGAAAUUAUCUGAUGCUGAAAUUAUUUACGGAAGCUCUGAUUCUUCUGGAGGUGAACAAAUGGAAAUUGGUGAAUUAGCCUUAGAUGUUUGGACACGUGGAAUGAUAGUUCCCUUAGGUAGUAGACUUGUUAAACUCUUAUUGGAAGCCAUAGCUCAAGAUAGAGCUCAGGAAACAUUAUCAAUACCCAUCGAGGCUGUUAGAGGAACAAUUCUUAGUUUCGUUGAGGUACAGGGGUAUAGAAAAAAGGGUCAGCUGCAAUUAUAUCAGGUGUUAUUUGAGGAGGCUUUUUUGGAUGAUAGUGGAGAACAUUUUAAAAGGAGUGCUGCUAGGCUUUUGCAGGAAAAGAAUGUUAGUUUGUAUAUGGAAAAAGUUAAGGCUAAAAUAGAGGAAGAGUUAUUUAGAGCAAGGAGAUUUUUACAUCACAGUUCUUUUCCAAAAGUAUCUCAUAGAUGUGAAACGCAUAUGGUGGCUGAACAUUUACAAUUUUUAUAUAGUGAAUGUUCAAAUAUGGUUCAACAAGAGAGGAGAAAGGAUUUAUCGAACAUGUAUGAUUUACUGAAGAGCGUUCAAAAUGCUAUAGUUGUUUUAGUCGAUACGGUUUUAGAUUACAUAAAAACUCAAGGAUUGGCGGCUAUUGGAAACCUUCAAGGAGAAAAUAUCCACAUUAGCUUCGUCGAGAAUUUGUUAGCUGUUUACAAAAAAUAUAAAGAAUUAAUAAAAGACGUUUUCAAAUCGGAUCAGAAUUUCAUGGGAGCUUUAGAUAAAGCUUGCAGCUAUGUAAUAAAUCAUAGACCGAAUCAGGGACGGUCACCCUGUAGAAGCCCUGAACUCCUAGCUAAAUAUUGUGAUACAUUAUUGAAGAAAUCGAGUAAAGGGAUUAGCGAAACUGAGGUAGACGAAAAGUUAGCUGAAAGUAUAACAAUAUUUAAAUAUAUAGACGAUAAAGACAUUUUCCAAAAAUUCUAUGCCCGUAUGUUGGCUAAAAGGUUAAUACACCAACAAACACAGAGCAUGGAUGCUGAAGAAUCAAUGAUCAAUAGACUUAAACAGGCUUGUGGUUAUGAAUUCACCAGUAAAUUGCACAGAAUGUUUACUGAUAUGUCUGUAAGUUCGGAUCUCAAUAACAAAUUCAACUCAUUUUUGAAAAACGACAAUAUAGAUUUAGGAAUCAAUUUUGGUAUAUAUGUUCUUCAAGCAGGGGCUUGGCCUUUGGGUCAAGCAAUCGUUACCCCAUUCGCAUUACCACAACAAUUAGAAAAGAGUGUACAGAAGUUUGAAGCUUUUUAUCACAACAGAUUCAACGGGAGGAAGUUAACAUGGUUACAUCAUCUGUGUCAAGCAGAAUUGAAGUUGAAUCAUCUCAAAAGAACUUAUGUAGUUACUGUUCAAACUUUCCAAAUGGCCAUACUACUUUUAUUCGAAAACGUCGAUUCUUUGACAUGUAAAGAUAUCAAAGAAACGCUUCAAUUGAAUAACGAACAAUUUUAUAGACACGUUGUUAGUCUAGUUGAUUCCAAGUUACUAUUAGCAGAUGCAGAAGAGCUAACACCAGAAGUAACACUUAAAUUAAAUAUGGAAUACUCGAACAAACGUACUAAAUUUAGGAUAACAGCUGCUGUACAAAAAGAAACUCCACACGAAGUUGAACAAACCAUGAAUUCCGUCGAGGAAGAUAGAAAGAUGUAUUUACAAGCUGCUAUUGUAAGAAUCAUGAAAUCUCGUAAGGUGCUCAAGCAUAAUCUUUUAAUACAAGAGGUAUACGCUCAAUCGAAGGUUUCGUUUGCGCCGAGCGUACAGUUGAUUAAAAAAUGUAUAGAAUCGUUAAUAGAUAAACAAUAUAUUGAGAGGACGCCCCAUUCUAGCGAGGAAUAUAGUUACGUAGCUUAAAAUCUGUAAAUAUUAUGUAAUUUCCGGGUGACACAUUCUUCUUCUUUUUUUUUUAAUUUUCGACAACGAGCGUUGUAGACAAUUAUAUAUUUAUUGGCAAUUUUUUUUUUCUAUUUAUUUUCAAUUUUGUAAAUUUGUUGAAACUAACCAAUGUGAUAUGAAGACUCGUUUGUUGUGUGUAAUAAAGUAUUUUUUAUUUUACUGUUUAUGUUGUAACUCAAAGCGCAGACUUCGAAAUAGAAGGUUUCCCGAAUGUGUAACACAUCGAUGAAUAACUCCCCAUUUUCUACUAAGAUCUUUGGUUUCAACGAUGAAAUCCUCAUUUGUUGUCUGGAUGAAUAUUUUUCAGUCUGAAAAUAGUCAGUAGUCAUUAUUGACCAUUUUUAUUUGUGUUUCUCUUCUUCAAUAGGUUCAAAAUUAAAGGGACCAUAACCUUUAUUGACUCAAUUGAUCUUUCUUGCUUUGAAGCUCUUUUUUCAAUCUAAAAACGGCCAAAAGUCUCCGGGGAUUACAUCUGGAGAUAUUAGUGGAUGCAAAAACAAAUCGAAGUUCAAUUUACCCAGGUCAGAGGGUUCCGUGGUGUCGGUUUGAUCAGAACCCUCGUGGUGUAGGACGGAUCUUGCAGGGCCCCUCUUACCAAUGUCAAAGUCCAAUGGCUUCUUGAAGGGAGAUUUAUACUCCUUUCCAGGACUGCUCUUCUGAAAUGGUGUAAAUACUUCCAUAUAACAUCUUCGUGAUGUCUACUAUCUCUGUAUGGUUUUCCAUCAGGAAUUUUUGUAUAUUUUCUGGUACAACCCCCUCUUUUGUCUCCAUUGUAAUUGAUUUUUGGACUGAUAUUUGAAGAAAUUCUAUAAAAACAAACUAUUACAGGGGAGGAGUUUAAAAUUUACCACCAGUAAUUUAAAUAUAAGAUUAUAGAAAUGUGAUGACCUGCAAUGGAUUUGGGGGCUUAUUGAUCGAUGGUAUAAAUAAAAAACGUGGAUCUUUACACAUAUUUACUAAUAUAUUCGCAAAAUCUUAACAUAAUUAAAUACGAAUAAUGAAUAGGAAAACAAUAAAUUUAGUUGAAAGAAUCACUUCCAUUUCAUAAAUAGUAGCUUCAUAUACAUAUAUAUCUAUAUUUAAAUAAGGAAUGAUAAAUGGACUACAAAAUUAUAAAAUAAAAAUAAGAAAAAUUGAAUAAUUCUCAUAUAAACUAUUAAUUUGUUUAUAUACACGCUACAGGUAAGUGCUAGUUACAAUAAAAAUAUAUAUUUACAUUUAUUACACAGGCCAACAAAAUUCGGUACCAGAAAACAACUGAUUUGGGUUCGAUUUCGAAAAAAAGCCACUUUUCAAUCAGUUCUAGCUAAAAAUUAAGCAUUUGAAAUAAUUUCAUAAUCAAAAAUUGAAGCAAUUUCGAAAAUUCAUAUCUAAAUCAUAGUUGUUGAGUUUAAGGCUCUACAGAAACUCUACAGACUUAAAAUUCAUUGAAGGAUUAGAAAUAAAAGAACUACUAGUUGUUGGAGGAGGCGGAUCAGUAUAUUUUUCUUAUAAUACUGCUUAAAUUCUCUCUAGUAGUUCAAAUAAACCUCAAUCAAUAACUAAUGUGCCUAGUCUAGGAAGUAAUUUCGAUAGUAGGUCAAAUGUCCAAUCUUUUUCUCAAAUAGAUUGUGCUAUAAAUUUGCUUAAAACAUGUGUUGUGGCAUCUAUAGGUGCGUAAGGAACCUCUAUAGUUAAAUUGAAUACACUAAUAGUGCCGUUGUGAGCUUUUUUGGUAUUUGUCAGACUCAAUUCGCACAUUCCAAAUGAUUGGCUUCUAUUUCGAAAAUCAUAUAAUAGAAAAAUUAUAACCUGAUGUAUGUAUAAUAGAUUUGGGCCAUUAGGCCAUUUCGUAUUCUGCACCCAAUAAUCGCGGGCACCAAAAUGUCUGUUGGUCUAUGUUAUUAAACGGUAAACAAGCAACAAAAGGUGAAUGCAAAAUAAGCUCUAAGCCAAAACAUUACAACAAUUUUUCAACAGUUGAGAGUGAUUGUAUUUUAACUAGAAUUUUGUUUUCAAGCAUAUUAAAACAGUAUCUUCAUUAUUUGGCUCAUAAAUGAAUUACAGAACGUUUUUAUCAGUUCACAUCUUCCAAUUCAUAUUUAUUACAUUAAAAUCAGUUUCGAUGCUUGAUGCUGAGUGUGUGAAGAACUCGAUAAAUAUUUAAACUGAUCCCCAAUAGCGAGAAGUAUCCAAUUCGGAGUAGUUCAAAUGAACCAUAACAUAAAACAGGUCUUAAUACGUCCAUACAAUUCCGAUAGUGGAGAGUUAGUAAAAUGAAUAAUUAUUUAAUAAAAGUGGACCAGAAAUUGAAAUUUUAGGCAGAAUUUAGCCACAUUUAUGCAAAAAUCAACAGUUUUACUAUAGGAAUAUGGUCAUUUAAACCUUAAUUUUGAGUAGUUCAAAUGAACCACCAUCAAUAACUAACGUGCCUAUAUGUGUACAAUUUCGAUAGUAGGUCAAAUGUCCAAGAUUACAAGUUACGACCAUUUCACAUUGACCACCAAAAAAAUUAGUAAUUAUAUAAUACAGGUGCACCAGAAAAGGUAUAUUCAAUUUAUUUGAAGUUUAAGAUCAAUUCAUAGGGACCAAUCAGCAGGUUGGUUCUUAUUGUAAGACUUUCAACAAAAGUUGGCGACACUCUAGUUCUGUUCGACAUUUUUCUUCACGUGAAAACAGAACAAAACUUUCUGUAAGCUUUAUUAAUCCUAUUGCAGAGAAACGUAUAUCGAGAAGUUCUAACUUUCAUAUAAUCACAAUUAAAACAAAAAUACAAAC